GCCGCAAGGCCUGCUCUGGGAGUUGCUUUUGAUGGGGGUUAUGCUAGAUGCUGCGUGCCCUCCCACAUGUCAGUGCGACCAAUUUCAAGUGAAUUGCCGCAACGCUGACCUGACGACCUUUCCAAAAGCCCUUCCACUGAACACUCGGCGCCUGCAUUUGAACAGCAACGGCAUCGCCGAGAUCAAUUCUCUGGAACUCAACCUGCUCAGCGACUUGGUCUAUCUGGACUGCAGCCAUAACAGAAUCGCAGAGAUUUCGAGGCUGCAUUUCAUCGGCGUGGUGAAGCUGGUCUACCUGGACCUCAGUUACAACCACUUGAACAGGAUACGCUGGACGACUUUCGGGCCGUUAACUAACUUGAUCACCUUGAGGCUCGACAACAACCAGAAUCUGAGCGAAAUCGAGAGCGGCGCCUUUUCGACCAACGUUGGGCUUCGUGAAGUCAAUCUCAGCAACAACGCCUUGUUAUAUUUGAACACGACCUCUUUAAGGAACCUCGAAGGGUUGAAGGCCAUUUACUUGUCUGGUAAUCCCUGGGAAUGUCAGUGCACGAUUGCAGAUCUCAGUGAGUGGAUGUAUGAAAACAAUGAAACCUUUCCAGAUGAAGAAAACACUUUAUGCACUUUGCCAAAAUCAAUGGUUGGAAUUCCUGUCUCCAUGGCUUUAAUCAAGAUAUUCGAUAUUUGUCGCACACCUCUGGGUUACUUCGACUAUUUAUUUUUUGUAAUAGUUGGUUUUGCAAUAUUUAUUAGUGGUAUCAUUGCUGCCUCACUUGCAGGUACAGUGAUGGUCUUCCUUGAACAUCAUAAGUUGUUUAAAGAUGAUGAAGAAGAAGACAUUAAACAAUAUAGGUCAGUUAGGACGACUGGAAGGUUUACCAAUAUCAGCUUAUGAUAGGGGACCUUGCAGAAAUAUCAUGCUACCACUACAUGUGUGUAAUCACCAAGGUCAUCUGUAGGUGUUAUUAUUAUGGUCACAUGCCAAUGGAUCAAUGCAAUGAUAUAUUGUGGAAAACUGGAGUGCAUCACUCUCUUAAG